AUGUGUGUGUAUUUAAACUGUAUUUAUUUAUGGAAGUCAGUUGCCAUCAUCGUUUGUUUACAUUAUGUGAAAGGAGAUUGUACAGAGUUCCCGGAUACACAGAAUGCAUUUUCCACGUUAUGUACCCUUGGCACGAAUUAUGGCAGUACGUGUACUUUCGAGUGUUUAAAUGGAUAUACAGAAUCUUCGUUAUUAGUUGCUACAUGUUAUGGUACAACGUGGACUGUCAACCCUAUCGUGUGUAGGGUUGUGACUUGUCCAGCUAUUAUUACCCCGUCAAAUGGAGGCAUGUCAUGUACACCAGAAUCAGGUACAGGAUACAAUACUGUAUGUACAUUCACUUGUGAUGCUGGAUAUACCUCAUCUGGAUCAUCGUCUAGAACUUGUCAGUCAGAUGGACAAUGGAGUGGAUCUGAUUUUACAUGUACAGUUGUCACUUGUCCAACUGUCAGUGUCCCAUCACACGGAGGCAUGUCAUGUUCACCCGCAACAGGAACAGAUUACAAUACUAAAUGUACAUUCACCUGUGAUACUGGAUAUACACCAUCUGGUUCAGUAUCUAGAACUUGUCAAUCAACUGGACAAUGGAGUGGAUCUGAGUUCGCGUGUACAGCUGUGACUUGUCCAAUUAUCAUGGCUCCAACGUAUGGCAACAUUGCAUGUACACAGGACGGUUCUGUGACAUCUGCAACAAAUUACACUACGGAAUGUACUUUCACCUGUAAUACUGGAUAUACCUCAUCUGGAUCAUCGGUUAGAAUUUGUCAAUCAACUGGAGAUUGGAGUGGAUCUGAUUUCACGUGUACAGUAGUAACAUGCCCAAUUGUAAGAGCUCCCUCAGACGGUGACAUUUCGUGUACACCAGUAUCAGGAACAGAAUACAACACUGUAUGUACAUUCAAUUGUGAUACUGGAUAUACCCCAUCUGGAUCAUCGUCUAGAACUUGUCAAUCAACUGGACAAUGGAGUGGAUCUGAAUUCACAUGUACAGUUGUGACUUGUCCAGCUAUUAAUGCCCCAUCAAAUGGUGGCAUGUCAUGUACACCAUCAGGAACGGAUUACGACACUGUAUUAUGUGAUGCUGAUAGAUGGGGCGAUAAUUGCCAUGAAUACUGUACAUGUAUCAGUGGUUCUAGUUGUAACAAUGUUGAUGGUCUGUGUACAGAAUGUGAUCACUCAGAAUGUGACAAACGAAAUCUUCAAGUUUCAUUGAAUCACCAGGGUAUAUAUACCAUCAACUACACUGACGUGUUAGAAAUUAUCUGUAGUGUAAACCUACCGAGUGUUGAUGUAUCCGUGUGGUGGAUUGCACCAAACUACACAUCCGAUCCAGUUGUUCCUGUGAAUGGUGUGAUCAAUUUGAAUAAAACAGAUUUACCAGAGGUAGACAGCGGAGUGUAUGGGUGCUAUGCAGAAGCACGGAAUUCAGUGGGUGUUAUUGUUGGAAAUUCAACUGCAAGCAUCAUUGUUGAGGUACAAAGACAAACGUAUCAUCAAUUCACUGCUAGUUACUCUGUACAUAUUAAUGAGACACACACCGUGCCACAUAGUUCUACUUAUUACCCGACCACACUGCAAUACUCUGAAGACAUUGAUAAAACUAACAGCGUGUCAGCACAGUUGAUUAGUUCCAGCACUGCCAUCAUCAUUGGAGUGUCUGCCGCUGUUGGCGCACUAUUGAUCGCUAUUAUUGCAACCAUAGUAUGUGUUGCUAGGCGAUCCAAUAAAUUAGAAGUGUUGGAGACACAAAUUCCUACAACGGACAUAAUGCAAGAUACAAAUUAUAUUGCAAAAGCCAACAGUCUUGUAUCGAAAUAUGAAUUUCCCUUAAAUCGUCUGCAAUAUGUGUCCGAACUUGGAAGUGGUCAUUUCGGGGUGGUGUACAAGGCAAUUGCUUCUGGUAUUGCAGGAAAAAAAGACGCUCUUCCUGUUGCGGUCAAAAAAUUGAAAGACACUGCCACGUCGUCUCAAAAAGAAGACAUGCUACGUGAAAUUCAACUUUUACAAGAGAUAGGGGAGCAUCCAAACAUAUUGGGUAUUCUUGGAUGUUGCACUUCUGAGGAACCAUACCUUCUCAUUACCGAAUAUAUGAAGUACGGGGAUCUCAAAAACUUCCUAUGGCAAUCCAAAAAGGAGUUUUUGGCCAACAAGAAGUAUGUGCAUGGCGAUUUGGCUGCGAGGAAUAUUCUGGUUGGGGAAGACUUGCUAAUUAAAAUAACUGAUUUCGGACUGACUAAUGAUGUAUACCUGCGGGGUUGGAUGGAUCUUCCUGCAGACACAAUGAGACCUAUCCACUGGGUUAGUCCCGAAACCAACCUAGAAGGGAAAUGUACUAUGCAAAGUGAUGUAUGGUCAUUCGGCAUAGUACUUUAUGAGAUUGUUACAAGGGGUGGUCGACCAUAUCCGGGAAUGACUCCAAGAGAAGUGCUGAUUAACUUACGGAAUGGCUACAGAAUGCCAAAACCACACGGCUGUUCUCCCGUGAUGUAUGAACUUAUGACGCAAUGUUGGCAAGAAGACCCGGAAGAGAGACCGAAUUUUACUCAGCUUCGUGAUCGAUUAAACGAGUUGCUUAGCCAGUUUGCCGACUACCUCAACAACCCACCUGUUAAAUAUAUAAAUAUAACUGACGUACCACUAGUAGAUAACAUGGCAAAUAAAACAUCAUCCGAUGAAUUCAAUGUUGGUGACAGUAGCGCAUCCGGUUAUCUGUCACCGAAAAACUCUGAUGAAGACAAUUCAGUGAGUGAGAGCGGCGGCUUCGCCGAUAGACAACCGUAUUUUACCUCCCUGGAGCCAGAUAAAUUUACAAAUACAGGAUUGGAUAGCAUGGAACUGUCCGGUAUAACCACGGACAAUCCACACCGAAUAAACGAAUCGUCCGAAAAAUUAUGCUCCGGCGAAGACCAUCAAGCGAGCAAAAGUGGCCGUAUUUCACCGCCGUGA